AUGUUGUUGUGGCUGGUUUUGUUCCUGCCUGCCAUCUCCUCGGCUCAGCGAUCAGAGCCCAUGUUCUCAGCUAUAACCAAGACCGUCCUUCCUCCCGACUAUGACAACAACCCCACCCAGCUCAACUACGGCGUGGCCGUCACCGAUGUGGACGGGGACGGAGACCUGGAGAUGUUUGUAGCUGGCUACAACGGCCCAAACCUGGUGCUGAAGUAUGACAAGCAGCAGAAAAGGCUCGUCAACAUCGCCGUUGACAACCGUAGCUCCCCGUUCUACGCCCUGAGAGACCGCCAAGGCAACGCCAUCGGAGUGACAGCGUGUGACAUCGACGGGGACGGUCGGGAGGAGAUUUAUGUCCUCAACACCAAUAACGCCUUCUCCGGUCGGGCAACGUAUUCUGACAAGCUGUUUAAGUUUCGUAACGGACGCUUUGAAGAUCUGCUGAACGACGACAUUAACGAACACAGAGAUGUGGCCAACCGUAUGGCUGGGCGCUCAGUGGCCUGUGUGGACAGAAAGGGUACAGGCCGUUAUGCCAUCUACAUAGCCAACUAUGCUAGCGGCAACGUGGGUCCUCAUGCUCUCAUUGAAAUGGAUGAGGCAGCGAGUGAUCUUUCACAGGGCGUCAUUGCCCUCUCCAACGUGGCAGAGCAGGCCGGAGUCAACAAGUUCACUGGAGGGAGAGGUGUCGUGGUGGGGCCCAUUGUCAGUCAAACCCUGUCCGAUGUGUUUUGCGACAACGAGUACGGACCCAACUUCCUGUUCAAGAACAACGGAGAUGGAACUUUUACUGAUGUGGCGCAGCAGGCUGGUGUGGAGGACCCCAUGCAGCAUGGCAGAGGGGUUGCUCUGGCAGACUUCAACCGUGACGGCAAGACAGACAUCGUGUACGGGAACUGGAAUGGACCUCAUCGCCUGUAUAUGCAGCUGAAUAACCGCAAACAGAAGUUCAAGGACAUCGCAUCCCAGAAGUUUUCUAUGCCGUCCCCGGUUCGCACCGUCAUGGUUGCUGACUUUGACAAUGACAAUGAGAUGGAGGUCUUCUUCAAUAACAUCGCCUACAGGGGUCCCUCCGCCAACAGGCUCUUUAGGGUGAGCAGGAGAGAGCAUGGAGACCCCCAGAUAGAAGAGUUGAAUGUCGGGGAGGCAGCAGAGCCUGAAGGACGAGGAACCGGAGCUGUAGCCACAGACUUUGAUGGUGAUGGGCGUCUGGAACUGCUGAUAUCUCACGGUGAGAGUGCAGCACAGCCGCUCUCUGUCUACAAAGUCAACCAGGGGACCACAAACGCCUGGCUGCGAGUGAUUCCCCGGACCAAGUUUGGUGCUUUCGCCAGAGGAGCUAAAGUGGUGUUGUACACUAAAAAGAGCGGCCCACACACACGGAUCAUUGACGGUGGCUCAGGGUACCUGUGUGAGAUGGAGCCUGUCGCCCACUUUGGCCUUGGUAAGGAUGUCGCUACUAACGUGGAGGUGUACUGGCCAGACGGUCGCUCAGCGGUCCGACCCCUGGAGCCUUCAGACGUCAACACCGUGAUGGAGAUCCUCUAUCCAAGAGAUGAGGAAGAAAUCACUCCUACAGUGGAAAUAGAGUGCGGUCAUGGCUUUGCUCUGAAUGAGAAUGGCCGUUGCACAGACAAAGAUGAGUGUACCCAGUUCCCCACCGUGUGCUCCUCUGACCGCCCUGUCUGCACCAACACCUAUGGCAGCUAUAAGUGCCGCGCCAAGAGGAGAUGCAACCAGGGCUUUGAGCCCAACGAUGAUGGGUCAGCCUGCGUGGCCCAGGUGGCUUACUUUGGGGGGACGCGGUCUUCUGGAGAACGCAAGCGUUCGGGUCUGUCUCUCUGGAUGCUCCCCGUCUCUGUGCUACCACUCGUCUCUACCCAUCUUCAGACUGGACGACUGUAGCCGUCACCGCCUUCUCCCCUUCCUGACUCUCGCCACUGCUACAUGGGGAUGUACAGAAACUCUUGGAGCGAAACUUUUCACUGAAUCUUCUCCUAUGUGGAUCUCUGCUAUCUUUUUCCAUCAGUUAUUUACAGCCUCGCCCCCCCCUCACCGCUGCUAUGUGUCACCUCUUGGCUCCCGGCCCCCUCUGGACUAUAAAGAAACACGCAGGGAGCAUGCUCGCUGGGAGCUACGGGGUUCAGAACUAACUGUGUCACACCCGCCGAGCCCUCACGUCAUCACCUGGCACUUAUCUUAGUGGGACCUGAACUGAGGCCAAGUCAAUAAGUGGAGCUGCAGCUUAUAAACCGCUGCACAUACAGUACAUCAGACAGAUCUACUGGCUCCACAGACCACAUUCAUUAGAGACACGCUGAGACCCCAUCUGUAUCUCCACAAUACCACUAUGUUAAUCCUUACAAUGCCACUCUCAUUCUUAGUAUGGGCUCUCUGGGAUGCCGAGGAACACCAGGUCUUCACGCUUUAGGUUCUGUGUUUGUGAGUGUGUGUUUGACUGUACUGCGUCCAAAGAGGCAGUCGGGUAGAGGAACAUAUGCCAGACCAUCUGUCUCCGACGGUACGAAUAAUACAACAGCACAGUGAAGAAUAUAAACACACGUGUCUGUGUGUGUGAGCACAAGAAUAGGCAGGGACAAAUUAAUUUUUUUUUUAAGUACAGUAGCCCGAAAGUGAAACAUAAUUUACUUAAGAAUUUUUGAAUCAUUUGCCACAUAAUGCAGAACUGUAAAUCAGUUUACAAUAUUUACUGCUAAUAUUAAUCCCUAUACCCCAAUAUUAAUCUCCAUUCAAAUAAAAUGAUGGGCAGGUGACAAGAACAUGAAGACAAAAGGAUUUUCAUAGACAAUGAUUUUUUCUGAAAUAAAAUAAUGUUCUUGAAAAAAAAAAACUAAAACAAAACUCACCAGUUCAUUGUAGUUCUGGUAAUGUUUCUUCAUGUUUAAGCACAGUAGCUGGAAAGAAUACUUGAAUCCUUAGUAAUUUAUUUAACAAUUCUUAAAUCAUUUGCCCCAUAACAUAAUAUUUUAAAGGAUAAGGCUGGUGAUGUGCAUACGUUUGUUGUCUUUUGUUUGUCAGUCUCCUUAAUUUCUUAUAAAUUAUUUCCUUAAACAGCUGGGCACUGUAGAUUUUAGCAAAUGUGGCUCAAACAGGAGUUAAUUGUGUUUUUGUUAGGAAAUAUAUUCAGCUGCAGAUUAGGUUAGUGAGGUCAAUUCAUUGUUGAAUUUGGUCUUUUUAAGAGAUUUGUAGACGGUAAGAAAAAUCUAAAAUACUACCUGAUUUAUCCUUUAAAUUGUGAUCAUUAACUCACAAUAUUUAAUUUUAAUGAUAACUUGACACCCUUUUCCAUUUAAAUAAAUAUCAAGGCAAAGACACAAAGACAAAAGGAAGAAGGUGUGGCUAUUUGGGGGUCCUGUGAUUUUCUGAGUUAAAUUAAAACAAACCUCACUUGUCCCAUCACUGUAUGAGGUGAUUCUUUUGUGUUGCUGUUUGUUUCAUGGUGAAGCCGUAAAAUGCACAUGGAACAGUUAAUUUUUUAUUCAACACUACAGACGUCAUCUUUGUCUCAUUGCCACGUUUCUUGAAACUUUUCAGGAAAUUAAUAAAUAUUUUGGCAGAAAAGACGACCCAAAAGUGAAAACAUUGUCCUCCAAAAGAUGUUAAAAGCAUGUUAACUGACAGAUUUUUGCUUCCACGUUAUUCAGCAAUCUCACUGCAGAAACUGCGCAACACAACCAUCUUAUCCUAGACCGCGACCACUGUCAAAGCAGAGGAUAGAUUCAUCAAGUAUUGGCAAGUACAGUCCUCCAGAGUAGAGACUGUGUGUGUGAUUCAUGGAUUUCUCCCUAUUCACUCGCUGAGGCAAGUGUUAUAAUAUAUAUUUUGGAAAUAUUUGGCCAAAAAACCUCACACAUUCCAUUAGAGAAACAGCACCAAACUGACAUCAGUCCCUGAGCCUGCUAAUGAGCUGGACCCAAACCACAUGAUGCCACCUGUAAAUAUCCAACAUGUCAGGAGAGAUUUAGAGAAUGAACUUAUUUCUCUCUGAGACAUUUUUAAUGAAAGCUAAGAGGCACCGGAGCAUGAAGAACUAAUAAACAAACAAUGAUGGACGUGUUGAAGCAAUUAAAAUGACUCACCGCGGAUCUCUGUUGGAUCAACGUCGACGAUGUUGUCAUGCUCUCUGUGUAAGCCAAAGACUCUGCGGAGGAGAGAGAGAGACCAAAAGGGUUCAGCGAGAUCACGUCCACUCAAGUCAAACAUCUGAAUGUUUGCCCAGAAAUGUUCACUAACAAAUAUGUCAAAGACGUUGCUGUAAAGAUGUUAUUGCAAGGACAGAACGGAAACUUUUUUGUAGUGUGAAUCACACUCUUGGGUCAGACUUGAACUGUUGUGUAAGCUCUCACAGUUUGCAUGAACAAUAAGAUCCACAAAUGUUUAUCAAAAUUGCACGCUUUAAAAGGACAUAUCGGUGUUUUUAACCCUUUUGUUCACAUUCUCCUACUUAGUCUCCAAAAACCAAAUAACAAUGUAGUCAUCUUUUGUCAAAGACAUGGUUGUGUGAAUCCACUUUGUAUCUUUUCUUAUACAUGUGUUGAAAUGGGAUGGGGCAUUUCAGCUAAUUCUGAAGUUUGUAAAUCAAGAAAGGAUGCCACUGAAGAUUGUUGGCUAUUGGACAACUCUUAACUGUAUGUACAUGUAAUAUGCAACCAAACAUACCGUUUACAGCAUUUACUGUAUCUACUCUGGCCAUUCAAACAUACAGGGGGUCGGUCUCUGAAAUCACAGGUCACUAUACAAGACUCAAUUCAAGAUUUUAAGCUUUUCUGUGUCUAGUGGAAAUGGAGUUUAUUCAAAAUAUGAGGCCAUGCUGAAGAAAAUAAAUGAAAACACAGUAUUCACAUGGAUGGAUUACUUCGCUCAACCACUUUAGACAUGGAAGUACAUAGUUUGGGGAUAGAGUGGAAGUACAUGACUACAGAAAGGUAGAAAAAUGACACAUGUUUAUCAGUAACUACAAUAACAGAAUUGAUACCACUAAGAGCAAGGUAAGCAUUUCACUCUGUGAUUCUUAAAUUGUGUAAUGUACCUCAACAGUGUCAUUGAAUGAUGUCUAACGACCUGCAGGAUGGAUGCUCCGUCUGUGUGUGUGUGUGUGUGUGUGUGUGUGUGUGUGUGUGUGGGUCUGGUAUGGUCACUGCCAAGGCAUUGUUUGCAUCCCAGAGGCUCCAGCUGUGUUUCUUUCUGCUGAAAUAAAACCUAGAACACAA